AUGGACGCGUGGCUGAAGCGCAGCAGCAAUUCUUUGGAAAACAUGGAGGGACAUGUGGCCAAGAAGGCCAAACCAGAGCCGGCAAAAUUCCGGCUGUAUCUUGAAGAUUAUGUUUUAUUUGGAUUUACUUCCACGAGUUGCAACCCACCCAAGGCACUGUGUUUUUUCUGUGGGGAGAAAUUAGCUAACAGUAGCAUGAAGCCAGCACAUCUGCAGCGCCAUCUUACGACAAAACAUGGAUGUCAUGUUGGUAAGCCACCGGAUUUUUUUAAGAGGAAACUGUCUGAAUUCAGAUCAUCUCAAGACACGAUGCGGAAGGCCUCCACAACAUCAGCCAAAGCCCUGGAGGCGUCUUAUGCAGUGGCUUUGCUCGUAGCUAAAGCCAAGAAGCCAUUCACCAUCGCUGAAGAUCUCCUCCUUCCCGCGGCUGUAGUGCUGGCUGAGACGAUGCUGGACAAACGCGCAGCAGAGACAUUAAAGACCGUGCCUUUGUCAAACGACACUAUUUGCCGCAGAAUCGAGAAAAUGGGGACAGACAUUGUCGAGCAAGUUGUGGGAAAACUUAGCGACUCCUUUUCACUCCAGCUGGAUGAGUCCACAGAUGUCAGUGGAAAUGCACAACUUGUUGCUUUUGUGAGGUACGUUGAUACUGAUGACAUUUAUGAGCACAUACUAUUCUGCAAAAGCUUGGAAGGGAAAACAACAGGAGAGGACAUAUUUAAUGUUGUCAAUGGCGCUUUCUGUGAAUAUGGUUUGAGCUGGAAAUCCUGCAGCAGCAUCUGUACAGACGCGGCAGCAUCAAUGACGGGCCGCGCGAAAGGGCUGAUAGCGCGCAUUAAAAAAGAAAACCCCGACGUGAUGUGGACUCACUGUGUCAUACACAGGGAAGCAUUGGCAUCCAAGAAAAUGAGCCCUGUGUUACAUGACGUUUUGAACAGCAGCAUCAAAGUGAUCAACUUCAUUAAGUCAAGGCCACUUAAUGCGCGCCUGUUUUCCCGCCUCUGUGAAAAUAUGGGAGCUGAACACACACAACUGUUGCUGCACACAGAAGUGCGCUGGCUCUCUCGAGGGAAAAUACUCAACCGGCUGUUGGAAUUAAGAUCCGAAGUGCACGCCUUUCUGACUGAGCACAGAUCUCCCCAUGCCACCUUGUUCCAGGACACAGAUUGGCUUGCAAAGCUGUGUUAUCUGGCAGAUAUAUUCAGCAAACUGAACGAACUGAAUACAUCUCUGCAGGGCAAGAACUCCAGCAUUUUAAACCUGUAUGACAAGGUGGGUGGCUUCCUGAAGAAAGCAGAACUGUGGAGGAGGGCCUGUGCACAGGAGGAUUUCACCUGCUUUCCUCAGCUGGAUGAUUUUCUCUCUAGUGAGGAUGUGGACAGAGCACAGGUCAAGUUGAUCAUCGUGGAACAUUUGACCAAGUUGAUUCAGGAUUUUCAUUCCUAUUUUCCUGACAUGGAGGAGAAAUCUGCACAGCUGGAUUGGGUGAGAAACCCAUUUCUCUUGUCUGAAGCGAACCGAAGAAAGCUCCCUGUCACCUAUCAGGAAAAACUCUUGGAAGUGUCAUCUGACCGUGGCCUCCAGAUGAAAUUUUCCAUGUGCACUCUUUCACAGUUUUGGGUGUAUGUGAAGCAGGAGCACCAUGACAUGGGACAGAAAGCUUUGGAGCAGCUACUACCCUUUGCCUCCACAUAUUUAUGUGAGGCCUCCUUCUCUGCAAUGACACUGAUCAAGACAAAGCAGAGAAGCAGACUGUGUCUAGAAAAGUGCUUGAUCACAGCAGUUGCCUCCCUGCCACCAAGGAUGAAAAAGAUCAUCAGUGAAGCACAAGCCCAAGUGUCUCACUAA